CCGAGUUCUUAUUUUCUCUCCGUGAGCCAAAACACACCGCCAGUGAAGAACCCGGCAAACCCGACCAGAGAAAGAAACAGAGCCAUGUGAAUCAGAUAAUGAAGACAAGCGGAAUCACUCGCUUCAUUUUCAUACACUCAACUUCCAACAUUCACUGUGUUUGAUGCCAAACAUUGUAUGUAGAUCAAUAAAUGGAACGUUGGAGUGGGGUUUUGAGAGUCCCACUGCAUCCUAACAGCAAGGCAUUCCAUAGAGUUGGUGCAUCUCUCUGCCUUUCUCCGGAAACAGGAACUUUGAGUGUACCUAUCGCAAACGCCAUCUUUUUCUGCGGUGAUCGAGUUGAAGGGACUGGUAACCCAGUGAUUGAGCGGCUAUCAGAUUUACAGAAACUAUCUGAAAUUGUUGUAUCCAAAUUUGGCUCUUUCAUCAAUGCGUGGGUUAUUGAGUCUUCUGUUUAUAAAGGACCUUUUGCUGUCUACAAGGACUUCAUACCAUCAGUGAAUCAAUAUGGAGAGCCAAGCUCAUACCAUCCAAUUGGAUUCCCGGCAUCCACUUCAACUGUCUCACUCUUAUCUAAUUGCCUUGAAGAAGUAAAGAAAGUCAUUUUAGGAAAGCAAGUAGAUACCAAGUUUGUUCACACUCCUUCCUGUUGUUCCUCUCAGCCCAAGACAUUCAUCCUCGGAUUUAGCAAAGGUGGAACUGUACUUAACCAGAUAGUUACUGAGCUCGGCUUCUCAGAUAUCGGAUCUAAUCCAUAUCCACUGGAUGCAGGACAGCCAAUGGACAGAAAGAUAAGCAGAUCAGAGGAGAUUUAUGUCGUACCUAAAACAAAGGAAGGCUUACUGAACAGCAUCAGUGAGAUUCAUUAUGUUGAUGUUGGUUUGAACUCUACUGGGGCAUACUUAACUAACCUUGAAGUGUUUGAGGGGAUAUCCAAAAGGCUCAUACAAGGAGCUCCUAAACUCCGUUUCAUCCUUCACGGAACUCCGAGACAAUGGGGCGACAAGCGGCGAGACUGGAUUCGGAAGGAAAAGGACGGAAUGCUGCAUCUGCUUGAAUCUGAAGCCUGCAAGAGUGGUGGAAAACUACAAGUAUUUGCAAGGUAUUAUUUUGCUGAUAAGCCUUCGAAUAUGCAGAUGCACUUUGAAAUCAUUGAAAGUUUAGACGUCAGUUAAGUACUUCUUACUUGAGAGGUCCACUGAAAAAUGUAUUGAUUAUCAGGAUGAUUGUAACUAUAUAGUGUUUUGUUGGAAUGUACCAAAAUGGAAAAAUGGAUGUGUAAAUUUUCACUUUUUCACAA